AUGGAUGCAAUCGCGACUGAGCUAGCCCAGUUCCUCGUCCAGCGCCUGCAGACCGUUCCUGCUUCGUCGCGUCUUCUCGUCGGGAUCUCAGGCAUACCAGCCUCGGGCAAAUCGACACUCGCUGAACUCGUCGUGGACAAUGUCAACGAGAUCCUACACGGAAAGGGGGGCGAAGGGGAUGUGACGGCCGUCCUCGUCGGUCUGGACGGUUGGCACCUUACCCGAGCGCAGCUGGAUGCUUUCCCGGACCCUAAGCUAGCUCACGACAGACGAGGUGCUCACUGGACUUUCGACGGCGAUGCUUAUGUCGAGUUCGUCAAGUCCUUGCGACUACCCCUUUCUCUAUCAUCUGUGGUUACUGCGCCCUCCUUCGAUCAUGCUCUGAAGGACCCUACCCCUCACGCAGUGUCAAUACAUCCACACCAUCGCAUUGUAGUCAUCGAAGGGUUGUAUACAUUCCUCUCCAUUGAGCCCUGGCGACGCGCCGGAGAAUUCUUGGACGAACGCUGGUUUGUGGAUAUCAGCGUGGAGGAGGCGACAAGGAGAUUGGUGAAACGGCACGUUGUCAGUGGUGUCGCGAAGGAUAAGGACGAGGCAAUCUGGAGAGCAAACAAUAAUGAUAUGCCGAAUGGACAGUUCAUCAUAGAUAAUUUACUAGAUCCUACCCGGCGUAUCGCCAGUGUCAACGAUCCGGUAUUUACAACUGAAUAA